CGCACUCCGAUUGGCUGUCAAGACUCCCACGAGGGGUCGCAUGCAAAAGAUUUGCGAAAGGGUUUAUUGUUUCUUUGCUUUCGGGAGCCGAAAUUGUUUGCUAUCGCCUCACUUCAACAAUCAACUAACGGCACGGAAAAAUGGCUGGUGGCAAAGCAGGAAAAGACAGCGGCAAAGCCAAGGCAAAAGCAGUGUCUCGUUCCCAGAGGGCUGGGCUUCAGUUCCCGGUGGGUCGUAUCCACAGGCACUUGAAGACCCGUACAACCAGCCACGGUCGUGUAGGAGCCACAGCAGCUGUGUACAGUGCUGCCAUCCUCGAGUACCUUACUGCUGAAGUACUAGAGUUGGCGGGCAAUGCCUCCAAAGACUUGAAGGUGAAGCGUAUCACUCCCCGUCACUUGCAGCUGGCCAUCCGUGGUGAUGAGGAGUUGGACUCACUUAUCAAGGCAACAAUUGCUGGAGGAGGUGUCAUUCCCCACAUCCACAAAUCCCUCAUUGGGAAGAAGGGCCAGCAGAAGACUGCAUAGACGCCAUGUUGACCAGAAAUUUUGGGGCUUGGGCUUUGAUCGGACCAGGAGUUCACAUUUGUUCUUUUUUAUUAUUAAUAUUAUAGCAAACGAAGAGUGAUUGUUAGACUUUGUGUUGUUAUAUUUUCCCAUAACUAGAAAAAAAGUACAGAAAACCCCUUAACGACAGAAAACCCUUUGUAUGUUAUUGUAGAACGUUUGACUGGGGAGCUCAUGAUUAUUUGAAAUGGUGACAGUGAAUUUGUUUGAUUGGCCUGGGACUGUAAUGUUUUAUACUGAAAAAAAAAUUGUUAAACCAUUUUUUAUAUAAAAAAAAUCUUGUUUUGUGGUUAUUUUCUUGAAGUUACAAUAUUUACUAUAACACAUUUUUAAGGAGAUGAUUUUUUUUGGACAGCAAAUUAGGUAACAGCUAAAUGUGAGACGGUGCUUCUUUUCCUUUUGACUUACUGUAAUAUUUUGAACUGCACAAGGAUAGUGUUGUAUUAAAAGCUGAUUUUUUUUUACAUCAAAAUGAAAUAUUGAAAACUUAUUGUAACAGUGGUACAGUGUUUUCUGUUCAUGUUUACAGCAGUUGGAGAAAAGUGUUAAACUUGAAAUUGCAUAUUGACAGUGUGAUCCUCGACUGCUGUGGUCAGCCGAUCUUGCAGCUUUUUGCCUCACUGUGGAACAAAUGUCCUGCCAUUUUGUCCCUUACGUAUCACUGCUGAGUAUAAUUGGUGCCCCCGUAUUUUGGGAAGAUGUGCUGAGGAUUGAAAAAUGUGGCCAAUCUGAACCACAACAGUGCUUAAAUCCUUUACCUGUGAUACUUAAAUGUGUAGGCAAACUGAAAUGUCCCCAUCUAAAAGUCCAUUUCAUCUUUGAAGUACAGAAGUUAGAGCCUUUUUUUUAAAAACUGUGUUCAGGGAAAUGACUUUGCGUACUAUAUCUUUGAAUAAAUACACUUGGCAUGUUA